UCCUGCUCUUAUUUUGAAGGAAGAGACGUUCCAGCGGCCUAAACAUCCUGGUGGGACCCCGAAGAACACCAGGGUUUGGGUCCUGGGAAGCCCAGCCAUCCCACAAAGGCGGUUUGGGAAAAGGAAGGGGCAGACAGACGGUGGGACCGGGCCCGGGGCCUUAGACCGGAGGACGGGGAAGGUCCCUUGCGAAUAAAACCCUAGGUCGUGUUUACGCGGCGUCUAAACGCCAGGCCCUUUGCCGUGCGGGAUCCGGGUGUGCUGUCCAGACACUCACCUGGCUCUUGCCGUCCCUCGGCUCGCGGGCUCUAGUGUGGGGACAGGAUGCGGGCUGCUGAGCCGCCACGUUGUUUACACCCCUUUUUCCCGAAAAGUCACGGGCCACCGGCGAGUGAAGAAAUGAAAGUGAAAUCAGCUGCUGGGGCACCAGUCCGCAUCAGGGGCCCGGCCUUCAGACUACUGUUGACUUGGGCACGAGUGCCAACGCGACCAGGGCCGCCGCCCCGCGUCUGCCCGCUCGGCCCCGCUGCCCCCCGCUGCCCCCGGCCCCUCUCCGGAGCCCGCGCGGGACCCGCCUGCCUGCGAGGCUCGCCGCAGGGUCCGCCUCUUCUGCGGUACCCGGAAGGCGGCCGUGCCAAGGGCAGGGGAAGAUGACCAUGCCCAGCCCAAGGCAGGGCGCACAGCUGCGCUUCCUGGCCAUCAUGGCCGCCACGGCGGCAGCCAUCUCCCUGCUCUUCUAUGCUCUCCUCUGGAAGGCCGGCAACCUCACGGACCUGCCCAACCUCAGAGUCGGCUUCUACAACUUCUGCCUGUGGGACCAGGGCACCGGCUCCCUGCGGUGCCGCCAGUUCCCUGAGCUGGAGGCCCUGGGCGUGUCGCGGGUCGGCCUGGCCCUGGCCAGGCUUGGUGUGUAUGGGGCCCUGGUCUUGAUGCUCUUCGUCCCCCUGCCUCUCUUCCUGGCCUGGUGCAACAGCAGCAAGGGAGAGUGGCGGCUGGCGGUGGGCUUCCUCGCCACGUCCUCCGUGCUGCUGGCCAGUGGCCUGGGCCUCUUCCUCACCUACACGUGGAAGUGGGUCAGGCUCUCCCUGCUGGAGCCCGGGUUUCUAGCUCUGGGCACCGCGCAGGCCUUACUCGUCCUCUUGCUCAUGGCCACGAUCGUGUUCCCUCAGAGGGCGGAGGACAAGAGCAAGCUGGACAACUACUAGGUCUGUCAAAAGGUUAACGUGAUCGCCAGAGUUCAGUUUGAACUAUGCUCAGAGAAGGUGCCAGAAACUUGAGGGGCUGGUAUGUCUUCUCAGCCUGUUUGAUAGCGAAUGCCCAUCUCAAGCCCUAGGAGCCAGGCCCCGCCACGGAGAAGGUGGGGUACCUGGAGUCAAGAGGCCAGGAGGCAGCAAUGGCGGGACUUCCAAGGUUCCCAAGGGCACCCCCAGACCACGCAGCUCACCGUCCUGAGAACUCCUGCUUUCCUGCACUGAUCUGAGCAAGCCAUUCUCACUUCAUCCUCAGGCUCAUGGAGAGAGGACUCCUGUCACGAGGCCUGACUUCCAGGACGAUUUGCCAAAUGUCAAACUAGAACCCAGUUAAGGUUUAUGUCAACCAAUGGGGAACAUUAUGAGAGAGAGAGAGCUCGCCUCGGUGUCCCUUGGGGCUCCCGGUUAGCAAGCUGCCCCUCUCCGUGGUGGGUGCGAUGUGAUGAGCCCCCUUUCCCUAAUACCACUCCCAAAGGCCCAGGAGUGAUCCCUUGAGGGAUUCACUAGAGACCGAACCCGUGGGCACAAAGAGAAGCCUUGGUGGCUCUGAAGGCUCUCCUGGAAAGGCUCCUGGACCCGAGGCCAGACAAAGCAGGGGCAUCAGCGGCCAAAUCGUUCCUAGCACGGGCCCCGGGAGUUGGGAACAGAACACAACAAAUCCCCAGAGAGGUGAGGAAGGUGAACAGAACAGCUCCACGUAAAUACUGAUGCUGCAUCCCUUCACUUCACCCAGAACUGCAAAGGAGAAGAGCACAACCUCCGCCUUGCGGACCAGUUUGUAUUUCUGAGCACCUGCAUGUUGGAAAACCUGUGCAGCAAAUGCCCGCCUCAUUCCAUCUGUCCAAGGCCACCCUGAAUAGAGACAGAACUGGGGACUCUGGCAGGAUCUCGGCUGCAGAGUCUCCUGCGGGCUCCUGUCCCAGUCUUGCUUCCCAACUGCCCGGGGACUGAGGCUGAGCCGCCGAGUAGAAGGAGGGUGGCAGCGUGGGGGGCAGAGGCCUUCCAGUGCAGAUCCCUGUGGGCAGGACAUCUGCCUCCCGGGCUGCACGGGGGAUGGAAACAGGCUUCCUCCUUAGGGAGAGAUCCCGCUGACUGUCGGAAUUCCAGUGAACUUAGCGGCUAUACUCCUUCUUCUUUCAAAUUUAUUAAGUUGACUCUACGACGGUUCCAGUAAGUGUGACCCCCUUGUCCACCUUUCCCUGAACCUGGGAAGUGAAUAAAGCCAGACCCUCCGAGUGGAGGAGGCGCAGCGCAGAGAGAAAUUCUAUGGUUCCUCACUUCCACACACUCAACGCGACAGCUCCCAAGGCCCAAAGCCUC